GCCGACGAUGACUGGGGAAAUAUGAUCUGUUUGUGUGUAUUUCCGAAGGACAAUUCUGUGGCUGAGAAUAAACGUAAAUGUGAUGAUACGUUGGAAAAUUCCACGGCCAAAACUAAACGAAUAGAAAGCCGUUUGAAAUGCACUGAUUUGAUUGUACUUGGACUGCCAUGGAAAACAACCGAGGAAAGAGUACUUCAGCACCAUCGGUGAGGUGUUAAUGGUGCAAAUUAUAAAGGACCUACGUACUGGCCAAUCGAAACGCUUUGGCUUCAUUAGAUUUGCUUCAUACGAAGGCCAAAUGAAGGCACUAUCAUGUACCCACUUCAUCGAUGGGCGUUGGUGUGAUGUUAAAGUCAAUAAUAUGAACAAUAUGUUAAAGAAAUAAUUACAACAAUAAUAUGCCACCAUCCGGUCCAAUGCAUCAUAGCAACAACUGGAAUCAGAGUCGUGGAAAUAUUGACAUGCCAAAUCUGCAAUCCCUUGGAAUAAACCCAAACGGACAAAAUGGACCACCUAAUCAAGGCAUGAACAUGAAUCCGGUAGCUAUAUCACCCGCUAUAGUAGCAGCCCUUAAUCAAUGGGGAUUAGCCACCAUUGGCAACAUGAAUCAAAAUCAAAAUCCAGAUCAGAAAUAUGACAACUAUAAAGGAGGAAAUAAACCAUGGUCACGGAAUAAUGGACCUUCACAAGACAACCACAAACCACAUUUUCUUCAAAUGCAUUUGAAAUCAUCUACUUCAUUAUUCAUUUUUAAUUUAGUUCUUAUGCAAACAUACUGUUUGUUUCACCUGAAACAUCAAUUAUGUUAUUAUUGAAUUAAAUGAUACAUACUUUCAUCGGAUCUAUGCGAAAAAACACACAAUAUGAACGGUAUAAAUAUAUAUUUAUACCAGAACCUUCGUAGCACCGUGGAUACGAAAUGUUCGAUUGAUCAAACCCAUUCACAAAAAGAUCUUUCGGGGAUUUUUUUUUUUUCAAAUAAUUAAGCUAAUUUUAGAAAAUGUGCAUGUGCUGAGACGUAAAUUAAAAUAAAAUAAAACUAAAUAAACUAGAAACGUAUAUUCAAAUUGUAAAAGGAGAUCUUAUCCCUUACAACAAAUAUUGUAUUUAAUAAUAAACUGAUACAUGUAACAAGACAAAAA